CUCAACCCCGUCCCCGCGGAGCUCGGAGCCAGAAGCAGGGACCAGCUCCCUCAACCUACCCAACGGUCCUCCGCCACAGACAAGGGGAUGCGGGAGGAGAAAGGGUGUGCUCUCUGCCCGCGGUCCGGAGGCCCCAUGACCCGGUCCCGAGUCCCCGGCUGCCGUCUCUCCCCGCUCCCCACGUGACCCGGCCCAGGGGACUCUGGCCGCCCUGCUCUCACCUGUGGGGAUGCCCAGCUGCUUGGAGCCGCGGCCGAAGCCCCGCACCACUUGGCCCCGGCAGAAGUAAGGCAGGUGCCUCAUAAUGCAGUGCGCUCGGGGCAUGGGCUGCGGCCCGGUCUGAGCGUCCUGCGGAGCCGCCGUCGACGCGGUGCCCAGACCCGGGACCAGCCGGGGGACAGGAGCGUGAGCUCUGCCUGCCGCGGGGCCGCACCAGGGGCCGGACGAGGCAGACCACACGCCACUGCGAAUCCCUGACGCCGCCGACCCAACAAAUGCCUCCCGGCGCCUGAGGAGCUGCGUCUCCGCAGGAGGGCAGCGGAGACAGCCGAAGCCAGGCUCGGUGGCUCACGCCUGUAUUCCCAGUAGUUUGAGAGGCCGACGCGGGAGGAUUGAUUGAGCCCAGGAGGUCGAGGCUGCAGUGAGCUAUGAUAACGCCACUGCACUCCAGACUGGACGACACAGUUUUACGUCUGAGAAACCUGAAACCUGAAGAAGUAAAGCAAUCAUGAUUUUUUAAAAACUUAAUAAUAUGGUUUUGGAUUUAAAAAGAAAGACUGACUCAGAGCUGGGGAAAACACUCACUUGUGAUACGGAUCAACGUGAAAACAGCUUAACUCUGUUCCAUGGCAAUUCACACAGUGUGACUCAGAGACACCUCUCUUCACCAGCUCUGGCUCAGGGGAUGUGAAGGCAGAAGCAGAGGUCACAGUGACUUCAUCUGAGAAGGACUUAACUGACCACUGCUGGUUUUGAAGACGGAGGAAGGCCCACAGUCAAUGAAUGAGAGUGGCUUCGAGAAGCUAGAAAUGGCAAGGAAAUAGAUUCUCCUCUAAAGCUCCCAGAAAGAAACACGGUUCUGCUGACACCUCGAUUUUAGGCCAGUGAGACCUGCUUCAGACUUCUGACCUACAGAACAAUUUCUUUAAAGCCUCAUGCAACACAUCAUUAUCGCUGGAUGCCCAGACAUUUAAUACACCUGACAGGUUGUGAAGUGCUCAGAAUGGGGCAGGAUGUCACCUGGAAUCAGCACUAAGUGAUUCAGACUUUCCUUACUUUUAAAUGUGCUGCUCUUCAAGAUGCCGUUGCAGCUCUGAUAAAUGCAAACUGACAACCUUCAAGGCCACAACGGAGGGAAAAUCAUUGGUGCUUGGAGCAUAGAAGACUGCCCUUCACAAAGGAAAUCCCUGAUUAUUGUUUGAAAUGCUGAGGACGUUGCUGCGAAGGAGACUUUUUUCUUAUCCCGCUAAAUACUACUUUGUGGUUCUUGUUUUAUCCCUAAUCACCUUCUCCGUUUUAAGGAUUCAUCAAAAGCCCGAAUUUGUAAGUGUCAGACACUUGGAGCUUGCUGGGGAGAAUCCUAGUAGUGAUAUUAAUUGCACCAAAGUUUUACAGGGUGAUGUAAAUGAAAUCCAAAAGGUAAAGCUUGAGAUCCUAACAGUGAAAUUUAAAAAGCGCCCUCGGUGGACACCUGACGACUAUAUAAACAUGACCAGUGACUGUUCUUCUUUCAUCAAGAGACGCAAAUAUAUUGUAGAACCCCUUAGUAAAGAAGAGGCAGAGUUUCCAAUAGCAUAUUCUAUAGUGGUUCAUCACAAGAUUGAAAUGCUUGACAGGCUGCUGAGGGCCAUCUAUAUGCCUCAGAAUUUCUAUUGCAUUCAUGUGGACACAAAAUCCGAGGAUUCCUAUUUAGCUGCAGUGAUGGGCAUCGCUUCCUGUUUUAGUAAUGUCUUUGUGGCCAGCCGAUUGGAGAGUGUGGUUUAUGCAUCGUGGAGCCGGGUUCAGGCUGACCUCAACUGCAUGAAGGACCUCUAUGCAAUGAGUGCAAACUGGAAGUACUUGAUAAAUCUUUGUGGUAUGGAUUUUCCUAUUAAAACCAACCUAGAAAUUGUCAGGAAGCUCAAGUUGUUAAUGGGAGAAAACAACCUGGAAACGGAGAGGAUGCCAUCCCAUAAAGAAGAAAGGUGGAAGAAGCGGUAUGAGGUCGUUAAUGGAAAGCUAACAAACACAGGGACUGUCAAAACGCUUCCUCCACUCGAAACACCUCUUUUUUCUGGCAGUGCCUACUUCGUGGUCAGUAGGGAGUAUGUGGGGUAUGUACUACAGAAUGAAAAAAUCCAAAAGUUUAUGGAGUGGGCACAAGACACAUAUAGCCCUGAUGAGUAUCUCUGGGCCACCAUCCAAAGGAUUCCUGAAGUCCCGGGCUCACUCUCUGCCAGCCAUAAGUAUGAUUUGUCUGACAUGCAAGCAGUUGCCAGGUUUGUCAAGUGGCAGUACUUUGAGGGUGAUGUUUCCAAGGGUGCUCCCUACCCACCCUGCGAUGGAGUCCAUGUGCGCUCAGUGUGCAUUUUCGGAGCUGGUGACUUGAACUGGAUGCUGCGCAAACACCACUUGUUUGCCAAUAAGUUUGACGUGGAUGUUGACCUCUUUGCCAUCCAGUGUUUGGAUGAGCAUUUGAGACAUAAAGCUUUGGAGACAUUAAAACACUGACCAUUACAGGCAAUUUUAUGAAUAAGAAGAAGGAUACACAAAACGUACCCUUAUCUGUUUCCCCUUCCUUGUCAGUAAGCGUCGGAAGAUGGUAUGAAGUCCUCUUUGGGGCAGGGUCUCUAGAUCUUCUUGUCAGAGAAGCUGCAUGGUUUCUGCAGAGCACAGUUAGCUAGAAAGGUGAUAGCAUUAAAUGUUCAUCUAGAGUUAAUAGUGGGAGGAGUAAAGGUAGCCUUGAGGCCAGAGCAGGUAGCAAGGCAUUGUGGAAAGACGGGACCAGGAUGGCUGGGGAAGAGGCCCAUGCAUAAAGUCAGCCUGUUCAAAGUGCUCAGGGACUUAGCAAAAUGAGAAGAUGUGACCUGUGCCAAAACUAUUUUAAGAAUUUUAAAUGUGACCAUUUUUCUGGUAUGAAUAAACUUACAGCAACAAAUAAUCAAAGAUACAAUGAAUCUGAUAUUAUAUUUGUUGAAACAAAUUUGAUUUUACUCUAAAUGAUUUUUGUAAAUAAUUUAUAUUCUGCUCUAAUACUGUACUGUGUAGUGUGUCUCUGUAUGUCAUCUCAGGGAACUUAAAAUGGGCUUGAUUUAACAUUGUUUUUGUGUUAUUUUUGCUUGAAACAAUGCACACAUUUUCAACAACCAAAAAAUGACAAUUUCUAGUUAAUUUCUACAAGUCAUCUUAGGUUAUUAGCAAGGUUAAGACAUCUUCUUUUUUUAAAAAAUUAUAGCUUCUACCAAGAGAAACACUCAAUUUUUCUAGAGAUUUGCCUCUAUCUUCCUUUCCUCAGUCUUCCCAGACUGCUAUCAAGCUGUGUAAAAAUUUGCUUUCACUGGACCCUAAAUUAUUGUCUCUGUGAUCUGAGACAAUAAUUUAAUAAUAAUAAUAAUUUAAUAAUAAUAAGACAGAAAGGAUGAUACAGGUUUGAGGGGCUGGGGAGUGGGAGGGGGGAGAAAAGGAAUGUAUUUAAACAAUUUCUGAUGCCCAUGAUGAGUUUUAAAACCAGCAUUGACACCGUCCCCAAAAUUAAGGCUGUCGCUUAUUGAAUCCACUUGUGUCCAACCUCCCAGGGUUGUUUUAUCCUAAUGUCACCUGUAUAUUCAUUUGAAAGGACUUGGCCCUGUUCUUGGGUCUUCCCGUUACCUGCCCCUGGGUUGUAAGUUUCCUCCUUUCUCAACCUUCCAUGAGGAGGAAAGAAGUGUGCAGUCAUUCCACAUGGUCUGUUGGAACGCCUGGGAAGGGAACUUUAGGUUUGGGACAGAUUUUUUUUGUUGUUUUUGGUAUCAUUCACAGCAUACGAUUUUUACUCUCUCCAUUUUCACCAUAAGACAGAUAAUUUGGGGUUACUAUAAUGCUGUCACACAUCUCAAAGUACAUUCAAAUCUUAAAAGGAAAUUCUUGUAAUUUUGCCGUGUUGAUAGUGUUCAGCAAACAAGCUACGAGGAACUGUGAGGCUUUGUCAUUUAGCAUUAGACUUUAAACAAGAAUUAAAAUCAUGUGCUGUAUUUUUAAAACAUAGCCAAAUUAAAUAGUACAUGAGAAAUUCAGAGUAUUAGACAGUUUUAAGGCAUUCAACUGAGAAAACCUUUUUUAUUCGUCAAAGUCAGAAAACAUUUUCAUCUUAUUGAGAGAUACGUUUUUAAACUUUUAUCAUCAUUUGUAAAUGUGGAAGUUGGUGGAUUGCUGUGUUUUUGCAUGGUUAGCAUGGGAGUCUGUUGGAGCAAGAGGAACAUGUUUGUUUUGAAAAUUCAAGAGAUGAUAAGGGCGGUACAUGCAGUGUGUUCUGUCUUUAUUGGCUUCUAAACCAGUUUUUUCCUUUAAUGCAUGUCAAAUAUUUCUCCCAUGCUUCUCUUAGCAGAAAAGUUUUUACCUAUAAGACAGGGCACCUUUUAACUCUAAAACUAGUGAUACUCAGUGACAUAGACUUUGUCUUAUAAAUAUUUUUCAUUUUUUAUUUUGAAAAAUUGCAAAUCUACAGCAAAAGUAAAACAGUAGUAGAGUGAACACCAUGUAACCCUCACCUGGUGUUCACAUUCUGCCCUAUUUGCUUUAAGUUGUAUGUAUUUUUGAACUUGGCAAAAUUGGAAAUUAAAAUUUUUUAAAAUUACAAAUAUACAAAGUUGUUUAUCUUAGCACAUUUAUUAUGUGUGACUGCAUCUGAUUUAUAUUUAAAUUGGCAGGUUUUGAGGGAUUUUUUUCUUCAUCAUAAAUGUAAAAAUAGGAUUUUAGAGUCUAUUUCCCCAAGCUCCACAUUAAAACUGUAAACCUACCAUCUAUGUAGCUGUGAUAUCUCAUCUUUCUAAAAUGGCACUUGUUAAAAAGCGUUCAAACACUAUCCCUAAUGCCUGCGGCAGAGAUUAUAUACGAUCCAUUCAUUGGGGCUCAAAGUAUCUUUUAGACUUUAAAGGACAAUUUACAGCAAAUGAAAUUUAUGAUGCUGUGACAAGAAAUUUAAAGAAAACGAUGGUUUGAAAAGGAAACAUGAUACUUGCAGGAGAAGGAAAACCCAAGUGAUUUGUGAGAAAUAUAGAAAUUAUUUAAAUUACUUUAUAGUAAUUAUUAAACACAUUUUUGUACUGUCAUUGAAGGUGUUUUAUAGAGAAAUCUGAGAAAUCGCUUUCACAAAUUAGAAAUCAAACGUGGCCAGGUGCAGUGGCUCACACCUGUGAUCUUCAGGAUUUCAAGACCAGCCUAGCCAAUAUGAUGAAACCCCAUCUCUACCGAAAAUAGAAAAAAAAAUUAGCCAGGCUUGCACCUGUAAUCCCAGUUACCUGGGAGGCUGAGGCAGGAGAAUCUCUUGAGCCCAGGAGGCAGAGGUUGCAGUGAGCUGAGAUCCCACCACCAUAUCAGCCUGGGUGACAGUGAAACUCGUAUCUCCAAAAAAACAAACAGAAAGUCCUUAAACAUACGUGAACAAAAAUUUUGUGAUGGAAGGAUUCUAGUUAAUGAGUAUUGCAUCAAGAUUUACAUCUUUCUUACUAAGGACAAGAGUUAAUAAAAAUUGUUCUUUAUUUUACAGGCAGUUACUGAGGCUCUUCCCAGAUCUCAGUAAACAGCCACUCAGCCUUGAAAAUGGAGUGUUGUUGUUUCUAAAUAUAUAUUUAUGUCAUUUAUUAAGUACAGUUCACUUAAAUAACAUAAGUAGAUUUUCUCUUGUAGUGAUUUGGGUAGGAAGAGGCCAUGUUUCAGUUCGUUUCCUCUGUAGGGUCGAUUGAAUUGGAACUUUUCAGUUGUUCAGAAAAAUAAAAAUAAUUUAUCAUAUUAAAUACAGACGCUCCUCAACUUAUGAUGUGGGUAGGUCCCAAUAAACCCAUUAUAAUUUGAAAAUAUCAUAUUGAAAAUGCAUUUAAUAUCUCUUACCUGAAAUCAUAACUUAGCCUAGCCUACCUUAAAUGUUCUCAGAACAUUUAGCCUGCAGUUGGGCAAAACCAUUUAACACAAAGCCUAUUUUAUAAUGAAGCGUUGAAUAGCUCAUGUUAUUUACUGAAUACUGUUCUGAAAGUGAAAAACAAUGAUUGUAUGGGUACUCAAAGUAUAAUUUCUACUGAAUGCAUAUCACUUGUGCACUGUUGUAAAGUUGAAAAACCGUUAAGCCUCUUACGAUUUUUAAGUAAGCUGGGGAUCAUCAGUUUAAAAUAAAUGCAAUACUAUUUCAUGAUAAA